AUUAGCUUUUCGAAGUUUAUUUGAUGUGUUGAUUCAUGAUGAUUUAGCAUACAGAAGAAGACAAACAGAAGGAUUAUGUGAAAGAUUAAUGGGUUAAUUAAUUUGUUGAUAUUUGAAAGAAAAAGAAGAAGAGGAGAUGCAGGGUAACACUUCUAAGGUGAUGUGGUUGCUCAUGUGGAAUUGGUGACAAACUGGAUUUUCAAUCUCCGGCAAGAAGAUAUGUGUAAACUGGCUGUUAUUCCUUGGAGGAGCUGGUUCAGACGGAAUAGCUUUAUUCACUCCAGAUUGUUGAUUCCUGAUGAAGACUUCGUUGGCUGGGCUGUCAAUUUCCUCGAGGAAUACAACACGGAAAAUCGGAAGCCUGCAAGAUUCAAAAGAGACUAUCAUUGUUGGAAACCUCCUGAUUAUGGCCUGCUCAAGCUUGACACUGAUGCAGCUGUCCAUUUUGAUAAAAAUAUCUCUGGAUUGGGAAUGGUGUUGCGUGAUCACAAAGGUUGUGUGAAGCUUGUAGGAUCAUAUCCAAUGAAGCAAGGCCUUCCUGUUGAGGUGGUAGAAGCUAUGGCAAUCAAAUGUGGUCUUUCGGUGGCUUCGAGCCAUGGUCUAUGGCCUAGUGUGGUUGAGUCAGAUUCUCUCCAGGUUGUCAACGCCAUUUGCAAUCGGGAAGUUAUUUUUUCUGAGCUUGCAGCAGUCCUUUCUGAGAUAUUUGCUAUGCUUUCUUUGAAUUUCUCUUGUGAUUUCAAGUUUAUCUUUAGAGAAUGUAAUCAGAUGGCUAAUGCUUUGUCCAAAUCUGCUCUGAAUUGUGAAACUGAGGCUAUUUGAAUUGGAGCAGGCCCUCUUGUUUUCAACAUCUUGUUACUGCAGAUUUGCAGGAGAUGUUGUAGCUUCAAUGGUAUUAUUCCUUUCAAAAUAAAAAUUGUGAAAUUUUUAGGACUA